CGGUCUUCAGUACACUACUGCGAACACAUUGCGAGUGCUUUUCGUAUUUCAUUGACUUUUGUAUGUACUAGAAGUGAAUGUUAUUAUUUAUAUGUAAUAACGUUGACGAUGUCUAUUUUUAAUACGCGACAAUUUUUGGGAGCAUUAUACUCACGCUACGCAGCUUUCUUUCCGGCGUUUAAUUUAUCUAGAACGCAAAAGAUUUUUAUCAUUUGUUUGACUGGAGGUUCAUUGUUGCUCGGUGGUUUGGCACAAUUUUUAAAAAGAAGGCGAAGACUUCCAUUGCCUCCUUCUAAAAAAUCUAUAAGGGAUUUGAAACAAAGAUUUGCCAAUGCUAAAUCUAAUUUUGAUGCGUUAUCUCAAGUAUCAUGGGCUAGAAGAAGUGAGGCAAGUAGUAGAAGUCACAUUAGCGAACGAGCAUCGUUAAUCUCACCUUUACCAGAAGGUGCUGAAGGUGAUGUAAAAUUAACUCCGCAGCAGUAUGGUGUUCUAGGUUUGGAAGCACUAGAGAAGGCACUCUAUUGUUGGGAGGAUGCACUCACCGCGUUCAGUUCUACUCUAAGCAACGAUGCCCUUGCCCUGCCAUCAAACGCGGACGCAGCAUUUACGCAGGACGUACAAGAUCUCCUCGACAUGGGUUAUCAAAUCCAGAAUCACGCGGAGCUUCUAUUCAUCGAUCAGCACUCGGUGCUGUUUCGUGACGAUAGCCAGGAAAGCUUAGAGAGUCGCCAUCAAUCCAACAUGGGAAUGCGAAUAUCCGGAAAGGAAAAAGCUGAUGCUGCCUCUUCGCCAGAAUCGUUUGAAUCAGCACGGGAUGGGGUAGCUGAUCUACGUGAAUUCGAAGAAUUUUCAGAACUUUUUCCACAUUUCGAAAGGCAAAAGUUAUAUCAUGCAGCAUUAAAGCAACACGAAGAUAAAGGCAUUCCUUGCAGACGAUUGCAUACAGAGCUGGUAAAAUGCGGCUCCGAUGUUGAGUACUUGGCUAAAGUAUACUGUCUUCGUCAAGCUUACACGAAACUGUUCGAUAUACAGUCGACCUCCAUUUGGAUAGCUGAUAUUGGCCGUCAAAUUAUCAGCGAUUUAAUUAUUUAUGCCGACAGGGACCCAAAGGAUUAUCUAACGCAUUACGAACGAAUGCUGGAGUUCUUAAAUAAUCCAAGUAACAGUAACAUGAUCGAAGAAGAGUUAUUUAACCGUGGUGUCAAAUGUAUUAAUUUUUAUGACGUACUAAUUGACUUUAUACUAUUAGAUGCCUUCGAGGAAGUCGAGAAACCGCCAUCGUCCAUCAAGGCCAUACUUCAAAAUAGAUGGAUAUCCGCGAGUUUCAGGGAGACAGCUGUAGGAACCGCGGUAUGGUCGAUGCUGAUGGGUAAAAGACAAAUGUUGAAAUAUGAUAAAGGUUUCUUGGCCCAUUUCUAUUCCAUUUCUGAACAAGUAACACCAGUACUUGUUUGGGGAUUCCUAGGUCCCGAAGGAAGCCUACGAUCUACCUGCCAAUUCUUUAGAGAUCAGAUUAUAGAAUUUCUCAUAGAUAUAUUUAAUUUCUUCAAAGUUAGAUAUACAACUGUCGAUAAUCUAGCUGAGGAUAUACUUAGAGAAAUGAAAGUAAGGGUAGAGAAUAUUAAUCAAAGACUUUCAUUGGAAGGUGCCAGUCAAAUUUAAAAAAAUAAAUAAAUUAUUCAUAGCAAUUUAGAUAUAUACAUACAAACACACAUACAUAUAUAUAUAUAGCUUUUAUAUAUAUAUAUAUAUAGCUUAGAGAAUAUUAAAAUACUAUGAAAAUAUUAUGUAAUCUCUGAUAUUUAUAUUCGUCUCGUUUUCAACGAUGAGAGUAUUAUUAUAAAUAUCGUUAUUGGACUAUGAAAGUUACGUAAUUUUUUUCUUUUCUUUUUUUUUCAAAAUAUUUCGUAUCCAUUGUAAUCUUUAAUUUUUUUUUUUUCAAUUUAAGUUAGUUUCGUUUGAUAAGAAAAAUGAUCGGACUUUAAUCUUUACGAUCUAAUAUUUUAAAUUCUAUAUAAAAUAUUGAAAUACUUAAUUUUUUCGAUUGGUAAAUAUUAUAUAUCUAAAAGAAAAAAUAUAAAUAUUAGUUUCGGUUUUUCCAUAGUAUAAUAACUUCUCAGAGACAAAAAUCUCUUCACAAAGGCAUUUAAAUAAUCUUCUUAUUUUUAUUAAUCGUCAGUACCAAAGACAGUUGUUAGCAUUAAACAAAAAAUAUUAAUGUAUACAUUGUUUCAGUUUUUUUAGUCCAAAUUGCAAAUACUUCUCGAAUAAAUAUAUUCAAAAUAAUAUAUAAUAAUUUAUUAUAUAUUUAGUUUAUAAUAAUAUUUUAGUGAACAAUAAUUAUUUAAAUAAGAUUAAAUAUAUAACAACGUUAAAGUAAAUUGUUUAAAUAGCUAUUAGAAAGUAGACAAA